AACGCUUCCGUUUAUCAAUCCGGGACAGAGUUGAACAGGUUCCCCUCCACGUCCAGAGAGAAAGAGAGAGUGCGGGGCUUUAACACGCGUACGCACCGACGUGCAGAAUACUUCACGUUAUCGCAGCCGGCGUUGAACUGCAUUCAAGUCCACGUCGCGUUCCGUCAUCAAACAUGGAGAAAUUCGAAGGCUACAUCUUCACUGCGCUCUGCAGCACCAACUUUUUGAUAUCCUGCCUGCUGUUCUCCAGAGUCACCCGGGAGCAAAGGGAGCCGUACAUGGACGAGAUUUUUCAUGUCCCGCAAGCUCAGAAAUACUGCCAUGGAAAAUUCAACGAGUGGGACCCGAUGAUCACCACUCUCCCGGGCCUCUACCUGGUCUCCGUGGGAGUCAUCAAGCCCGUGGUGUGGCUCGCUGACCUGACGGGCCAGGUGGUGUGUUCCACGGCCAUGCUGCGCUUCGUCAACCUGCUGUUCAACUGCGGAAACCUUUACGUGCUCUACCUACUGGUCUGCAAACUGCACCUGCGCGAGAAGACGAGAAGCACCUCUCGCAGAGUCCUCUCGGCGCUGUCCCUGUCCACCUUCCCCGUGCUCUACUUCUUCAACUUCCUUUACUACACCGACGCCGGGUCCACUUUCUUCACCCUCUUCACCUAUCUCAUGACGCUCCACGGCUGCCACAAGGCCUCGGCGUUCCUCGGCGUCUGCUCCGUGCUCUUCCGUCAGACCAACAUCAUCUGGGUGGCGUUCUGCGCUGGCACUCUGGUGGCCGCCCAAAUGGACGAGGCCUGGAGGGUGGAGCGCUCCAAAAAGCGGGACGAGAAGUCCCCAGCGCCCCAGGUGCCCCUGUCGUUGGGCGGCGCCAAGAAAGCAACACUUUUCGCGCUGGAGUUCCUCGCCUCCCCCGGCCACGCGAAGGCGGUGUUGCUGGUAGCCUGGCCCUACGCGGUGGUCGGCGCGGGCUUCCUGGCGUUUGCGGUGCUGAACGAUGGGAUAGUAGUGGGUGACCGGACGAGUCACGAAGCCUGCCUCAACUUCCCCCAACUCUUCUACUUCCUCUCCUUCGCCCUCUUCUUCUCGCUCCCCGUCUCGCUGUGUUACCAUCGCGCCCUCCGCUUCCUCCAGGCUCUGAAGAAGCAGCCUUUCUUUUUCCUCUUUGUCACGUGCGUGUGCCUGCUCCUGGUGUGGAAGUUCACCUUCGUCCACAAGUACCUCCUGGCAGAUAACCGCCACUUCCCCUUCUACGUGUGGAACAGGCUCUUCCAGAGGCACGAGCUGGUGCGCUUCCUCCUCGUGCCCGCGUACGUGUUCGCUGGGUGGAAUUUCCUGGACGCCUUGAAGUCGCACUCGCUCUUCUGGAGCCUGGCGUUCCUGGUGUGCCUGGUGGCCGCGACGGUGCCGCAGAAGCUGCUGGAGUUCAGGUACUUCAUCGUUCCCUACCUGAUGUACCGCCUCCACAUGCCCCUGCCCUCCUCUCCCAGACUCGUGGCGGAGUUUCUCCUGUACGCGGCGGUGAACGCCGCCACGCUUUACCUCUUCAUCAGUAAGACCUUCCGCUGGCCGGACAGCACGGCCCCACAGAGGUUCAUGUGGUGAGCCGACGGGACGAGCGUCUGAUGGCAGUUACCCAGACGUUAACGGGAUUUAGGUACAAAACGGGAACCACAGACUCCCGCAAAGUCUCAGAAGAAAAGCUUCGGGUUACAUUUCGAUAAACACAAAUGGCUUAUACCUCCAACAUUUUUGUACAGUGGUGUGUCAGUCGGAUGGUGUUUUGGGGUCAUCAUGUGUUACGCUGAGAGUGAAUGAAUGCAUAUUGCUAGUUUUACCGUGACAGAGAAAAUCUAAAAGCAUUAAAUUGCAUGCUUUUGAGGUUUUAGUUUCACCGCCAAAGGCCACAAACCCUGAAGCGAUGCUGUAAAUUUACUGUUAAUGAGUUCACAACAACAUGAAAAAUCAAGAGGUAAUCCAUUUUUUAAAAAGGAACGUUUUGUGUGGAGGGGUUGGUGUUGCAAAUCUGGUCUGAAUUUUGUUAAGAACAGACGAUACGCUAAAGUUGUUUUGACCGCAUCUGCAAUUUUUGGAUUAAAUGUUGAUCCCUCUCCAGGGAAGGAAAGUCAAUCAUGUCAUUUUGAAAAUUGUCUGCCGGUUUCAGGGAAUUGUCGAGGACCGCUUUUGAUGCCCGUGACUAACUGUUUUGUAUUAUAAAUGUAAAUACUGUGUCCAGUUCUAUCAAUUGAUCUUUAAAGAAAAAAAUAAACGCGAGUUAAAUAUGAUAUGACGAGACCAAAAAUUCCAGCCAUAUUGUUCAGAAUUGUAUGGGAUGUUUUUUUGUAAUGAUUAAGAUUUUUUUUUUCUUACCAGUGCAGAACAAAUUUGACUCACAGUUUUGUUAAUAAUCAUGAAGUAAUACACGUUUUCAGAUUAUUAUUUUUUUUUACUUUGACAAGCCAUAAAGAGCCACUGGAUGUUAUUCAGAAUGUAGAUGUUUUUUGCUUGCUAUGUGUACUUUUGAAUAAAAGGACUCGUGCACCAUGAAGUCUCAAAACAA